ACAGAGACCAAGCGUGUGAAUCUUUCCUCAUAGGUGUGCAUUUAUGUUUUCACAAGUUAAUGGCCUGAAAUACUUGACUAACAGAAGGACAAAGGAAAAUGUAUGCUCAUAUACUCAUAGAAUACAUGUAGGUUUUGGAGUGAAUAGAAAAAUGCAGGCAAAGAACAUUCUUAGUUUGUGUCUCCAGACAAGGUCCAGGAUGAGUUGAGCAGGGUGGUUGGAAGCCGCCAGAUCCGAGUAGAUGACCGAAAAAACCUGCCGUACACUGACGCCGUCAUUCAUGAGACACAGAGACUCGCCAGCAUUCUCCCCAUGUCACUUCCUCACAAAACUAGCCGAGACGUCAUCUUCCAGGGUUACUUUAUCAAAAGGGGGACCAUUGUGUUUCCUCUGCUUACUUCUGUCCUGUAUGAUGAGAGUGAAUGGGAGAGCCCACACACUUUCAACCCUUCCCACUUCCUGGAUAAGGAGGGUAAAUUUAUCAGGAGAGAUGCCUUCAUGCCCUUUUCUGCAGGUCGCAGAGUUUGUCUUGGAGAGAGUCUGGCCAAGAUGGAGCUCUUCCUCUUCUUCACCACCCUCCUCCAGCGCUUUCGUUUCACUCCUCCACCUGCAGUGACAGAGGAUGACCUGGAUCUGACUCCUGCUGUGGGCUUCGUCCUCAGUCCUUCACCUCAUGAGCUGUGUGCUGUCAGUCGACAAUGAGGCGGUUUCAUCACUGCCUGUGGCAAUGGCUUGAUUAUUGUUUUACUCACCUUCACACAGGCAGUAACUUCAUUACUUGCAUGUUCACUAUCUUGAUUUACAUGCUGAGUAGCCCCAUCCUCAAGACCAGGAUCAGUAAACAAUGGCCACAUACCAUCAAGAGACAGAUAAUGAGACAGUUUAUAUCAGUCAUUUAAGACAGUCACUUACCUGUGACGGUAUCAAAGAACAUCCAGCCUAAAUGUCUGUAUUUGUUCAUUUUGAUUUGCAUACAGUAGUCUAAACAGCUUGUUGGAAUUUGUGUGUAUAUGCACUUUUUUAUUAUAGUAUUGCAGUAGGCUUUAUUCCUGCUUUUCUGCCACUGUCAAUCAAUUUUACUACGUUACUGGUUUGAUUUGUUAUAUAAUAUAUAUUUACCAUUUAUAUUGCAGUAAAUGGCAGAAAUCACAUAAUUUACUGUCAAUAAACUAACACCUGCCUGUUCAGAUUCAUAAACAUCCAAGAUUACAAUAAAAGGAAGCAACAUAUAUAUUACAAUACCAGACAUUUUACUGUUGUCUCUGUUGUUUCCUUUCUCUAAAAAUCAUGACAUAUUAUUGUUUUCAGGCUUGUUUGGUGGAUACAUUAAUAAAAGUAUAUUUAAAGUGGAGGAAUGAUUAUGGCAAAAAAAACCUUCAAUGUUCAGGGCUGCUUCUUAGCAUAGAUGAGAUAGGUGGUCACCUAAGGCACCAGCUGCUGGAUGGCUAUCAAAGAGGAGGACGAAAUAUUUUGUGAAAAAUUUUAGAUGCCUCAUUUACUUUUAAAAGUCUCACUCACAUCCAAUUCCCCCUUUUGACAUAAAAACACCUGAUAGUGAGAGGAGACUACCAGCACACUCUGUAGGCUGAGACUUCAUUAGCUACAUACCAUCAAGAGACAAAUCAUGAGACAGUUUAUUAUUUAUUUAUAUCAGUCAUUUAAGACAGCUGCUAUGGUAUUGGGCAAUGUCCAGCCUAAAUGUCUGUUUGUUAUUGUACACAAUAGUCCAAACAGCUUGUUGAAUUUGGGUGUAUAUGCACUUUUGUAGUAUAGAAUUGCAGUUGGCCAUGUUCCUGCUUUACUGCCACUGUUGAUCAUUUUCACUAUUUGUCACUGGUUUGGUUUGUAAUGUAUUUUUAACCUUUAUAUUGCGGCAAGUGGCAGAAAUCAUGUAGUUUACUGUAAAUAAACCAGCACCUGCCUGUUCAGAUUCACGAACAUCUCAAAAUACAAUAAAAGUAGGCUAUAUUUAUAUUCCAAUACCAGACAUUUUACCAUUUUCCCUUUUUUUUCUUUCUCUAAAAAUUCUGACAUGGGCUUACUAUUGUUUUUUUUUGGUGGAUACAUGAACAAAAAUAUAUUUAAACUAGUUUAUACUAUGUUUUAUCAGAUGAUUUAUCAGGAAUUUUUGUCAUCAGUUGACAGUUUUAGGCAGUGGC